AUGUCAGGGAUUCAGGAAGCCAGUGUGCGAAGCAUCCGCCCUUACAAGACGAGCGAACAAUACUUGUAUGCCAUGAAGGAGGACUUGGCAGAAUGGCUUAAGGAACUCUAUGAUGUCGGCAUUGAUGUGCAAUCUUUUCUGGAUGUCCUGGAAACAGGCGUCCUUCUUUGUCAUCACGCUAACAACAUCACCCAGGUAGCCAGAGACCUCAACCAGGGAUAUCCAAAUUUGGGCAAAAGACUCCAACUUCCCAUCUACGGUGUAACCUGUAAUGAUUUUGCUCAGCCGGGCACGUUCCAAGCUCGGGACAAUGUGUCCAACUUUAUUCAGUGGUGCCGAAAAGAGAUGGAUAUUAAAGAGGUCCUGAUGUUUGAGACGGAGGACCUGGUCUUGCGCAAGAACGAGAAGAACUUUGUCUUGUGUCUUCUGGAGGUAGCCCGGCGGGCUUCCCGUUUUGGCAUGAGCGCUCCUGUCCUCAUCCAAAUGGAGGAAGACAUUGAGGACGAGAUCCGUGAAGACAUGAACCUGCCACCGGAUGAAGCGCUUCUUCCCCGGCCCAAGAGGGAACCACCUAAUUUCAAGAAUCUGGACCAGAUGGUCCAGCACCUUGUAAGCCGGUGCACCUGUCCAGUUCAGUUCUCUAUGGUCAAAAUCUCAGAGGGAAAGUAUCGCAUCGGUGAUUCCAACACUCUCAUAUUUGUCAGGAUCCUGCGGAAUCACGUGAUGGUCCGAGUAGGUGGUGGCUGGGACACCUUGGAACACUACCUCGAUAAGCAUGAUCCAUGCCGGUGUACUUCACUCUCUCACAAGCAGGCCUUGAAGAUGGCCAGUCCUCAGAAGAUGCAGGGUACUCAGGUUCAGCAUGAGAUCACCGCCCGUUUAACACCCAGGAAGGACAGCGGUAACAAGCCCCAACCUGCCUUAAUUGUGAGCAGAUGCCAAAGUCCAUUGCCCCCAGUAGAGUGGCGGUCCUAUCAGCCCCACAGUUUAGGUUCUUCUGGAUAUAAGAAGGCUCAAGCGUCCUCAAAUAAUGGUGGCAGCAAGAAAAAUGAAGGCUCACAGAUGUCCAAGGAUCAUACAGAGCCCAGGAAAGGCCCUUCAAUAAGAGUAAGGGAACGACCCGCAACUCCAUCCCAGACACCUCUAGGUACAGGAGAGAGGCCUGGAUCCAAGCAGACGGUCUCUCCACGGAGUGGGAGAGAGACCUACUGUGUCUCAUUGUCUUCUCAGCAAAAUGGGAGCGUGGAGAGCAUCUCCCAUGGUUUGAAAUAUUUCUCUGGUCCAAGGUCUAGAAGAGAGCCUGGUAGGAUUGAGACAGCAGCAUGGAAUCUGAAAACAGAAAUAAAGAAACCAGCACCACCGGGAACGACAUUACGAAGGGAUGAGGCAUUUCAGCCAGCAGGAAACAGCCAGCGAGCAGUGAACAGUUGUUCACAGAUAUGUUUUACCAGCCCAGAGAAACACUUUAAAACCUCUAACCAACAGACUGUUAAGGUCCCAAAGGAAAACUUACAGAGACAGCAGAAAGGGACUCUUCUACAUAAUGGGAGGAAAGAUUCAGUAGCUCAGCUGUCUUCAUCCCCAACGAAGCACACGGCCCAGGUUCAAAGAGAGAAUACUUGUUUAAGGACAUCAGGAAAAGUUGGCUCACUUUUCUCCAGGCCUCCAACUCCUAGAAGGAAUGAGGCUUAUCAAGGACUAUUUAGGAAUAGUGAUCCUGAUCCUGCCUUGGACAAAGAACACCUCCAGUGGAACAGCAAAAAAAUACCCAGGGAUGAGAUGCGUCCUAAAAAGGAACAGAAUAAGAUGCUCAGCAUGGAAGCUUUUGAUUCAUUGCCUUCUCACUUAGGGACUGGAGUCCAUCACUUGGAGUCAGAAGAGAAAAUGAAAGAUAAUCAGGCAUUGCAGGGACAAAAAAAUAUCCUGGGAACUUCUUGUCAGUUGAGCCCUGGAGUUACAAAAGAGCCCUUUGUGGAAAAAGAACGUGUCUACACACCAUUACCUAUUAACUUGGCUGAAGAACAAGCUUUCUAUAGAAGUUUGGAAGAGGAGAUUUUGUCCAAUAUCAAGGAGUUGGAAGCAGAUUCAGAGGACAGCCAUCUUUCCGGAGAGAACCAGUUGGAAGAGUUUAAAAAGGACAAUGACCCGGAGACAAACCCCACAAUGGUAGGUUGUAACCUUCCCAAAGUACCCGUUCCUUCUUUGUCCUUCUUGCAAAGAACCAAGAUCUUGACUCAUAGUGAAGGUAUUCCACGUAGUGGCGUAUAUGUGCCAGAAAGAGACACAAGGCUGCAUUCAGCAGACCUCCAUUAUGACAGUGUAAUCCAAGAACUUUCCAUGGCCCUCCAUCUGGAGCACAUGGGAACUGACCCUUCUUCUGCUUUUCCAAUCAAUUCGUAUUUGAUGAAUGGAAACCAGGCCCAACUAAAAUUUGGGGAAAGAGAAAUUCCACACGAAACCCCUUUAGUGCCUGAAGCAAAGGAAGAUAAGGCACCCCUUGCAAAUAAUGGAGGACGGACAGAAGCUAGUGAGAAUGGUGAUACCCAUCAAACAUUACCGAAUGAAGAAGCUCCGCAACCUUCAGAGAGUUCUGUGGUUGCAGAGAAUGUGCAAAGUAAACCGAGGAGAACCCUUAAAAAACCAGAGCGCGUGCCGUCCUUUUACAAGCUCAAGCUACGCCCCAAGAUCCGUCCACGCAGAGACCACAGGCCUGAGAAGAAGCCUUCAAAGAUCCCCACACCGCUGGCAUACAGAUACGCUCGAAAAACAACUAGCACCCAAGGGCAGGGGAAAGCCCACAGGGCCAAAGGCCAGACUAAGAAUGGCCCAGCUACGGUGAAACAAGAGAUCCCUGGAAACACAAAAGGUGAACACCGCUUGUCCUCCACACAACCUGUGCAACUGACUCUGACGGAACAGAUAAUGGGCGGUUUGGAUGACAAGGAAACCUGGCUGUGAUUGCGACUGAAGAUACAAUUGUAAUCUUCUGAUAUGCUUAAAUCUCAUCACUCUUCAAAGUUUGCAACCAGCAACCUCCAUCUCUGUGAGAAAAAUAUAUAGGUAGUCCUCAACCUAGGACUGCAAUGGAGCCUGUCCACUACAGUCAUUAGUCAUAACGGUUGUAAAACAAGUCAGAUUUGAGGACCCUUUUUGCCGCAAACAUGGCUGCCAUUAAGUGAAUCAAUGGUUCACAAUGAGCACAGUUUUGCUGAAAAUUGGAAGCAAGUGCCAGUUGUCAGCAAAACUGUUAGGUAAGCUCCCCGUUGGGAGAGC